AUAGCCCUUUACCCUUAACAAGAGCACGCGACGCGAAAUCGAAAGAGUUAGUCAUUGUUGUCGAGUUGUCGGUUGUGCCGCGGUGGACAGCAUGGUUAUUACACUUAUACACCCAAAUAAAGGUUGGUUUGUCUCAGAGAUGCUGGGCUAUAAUUAUGGGCCUUGAUCAGAUGUGGACUUACAGUAGAUAGCCACAAAUUUUUUUUCGAACUUGAGUUUUUAAACCCUACGAUUAGUGAUUAAUCGGAUUGUUAUUCACAUUUAAGAAAAAAGGCCCUGAAAUUCAACAAAACCUCACUCCGUAACUUUUUUUUGUUGCCAAUUAAUCAGAGAAUCAUGUCGUGUGAGACCACCAAACAGAUCUUCAUCCUCUCCGGCCAAAGUAACAUGGCCGGCCGUGGUGGCGUCAUCAAAUACACCGACCACCACCACAAGAAAUGGGACGGCAUUGUUCCACCGGAAUGUCAACCCCACCCAACAAUCCACCGCCUCAACGCCCACCUCCAAUGGGAGCAAGCGCGUGAUCCUCUACAUUCCGACAUCGACAACCGUAAGGUUUGCGGUAUUGGACCCGGAAUGCCCUUUGCCAAUGUGAUCAGAGAGCGCGUGGAUGGCAGUAUUGGACUCAUCCCGUGUGCCGUUGGCGGAACCGCGAUAAAAGAGUGGGCGCGUGGGGCACACUUGUAUGAGAGUAUGGUGAAGAGAGCUAAAGCUGGUGUGGAGAACGGUGGAGGUGAGAUAAAAGCGUUGUUGUGGUACCAAGGAGAGAGUGAUGCGACGGCGCAUGAUGUGGACGCCUAUAAAGAGAGACUGGGGAAAUUUAUUUGUGAUGUGAGGAAGGAUCUUCAGCUGCCUUUGCUUCCAAUUAUACAGGUGGCACUUGCAUCCGGGGAUGAAAAAUACAUAGAAAAGGUGAGAGAAGCACAACUUGGGAUCAAACUCCCAAAUGUUGUAUGUGUGGAUGCUAAAGGGUUGAAGCUCAAUGAUGACAAUCUCCAUUUAUCUACUGAAGCUCAAAUUCAAUUAGGUCAGAAGUUAGCUGAUGCUUACCUCUGCCAUUUUAAUCCUUCCCCCUCUUAGGCUUCAUAUGCUGCAUUACUGCACAUCUUAUAUAUAUACUCGGUAUAUGGAAAUGUAUUUUCGAUCCUGCAGUCUAAUUAACCAGUUAAUAUGUUUUCUGUUUUUGUUUUUGUUGUUGUUGUUGUUGCUGCUGCUGCUGCUGCUGCCGUUGUUGUGUGUGUUCUUUAACUUGUUUUGACACUCGACUCUUGAAUGGAAAUCCUUUCUCAUA